AUGAAUGUGACUGUGAUGAACUCAGAGUCUUGCUAUGCCACGUCAUGUCUGAUGGACGUUACAAUCUGGUACACGAACUGGCCUCCGCACAUCGAAAGUCUUCCCGACAAGAUGGAGUUACACGAAGACACGGACAAUGAAGUUAGACUUCAUUAUCUGCAGGUCUACGACUACAAUUACGACCGCCCCAGCGAUAAACACGCGGAGGAGGACAACGCCACCUGUUGGAUACAAUACGUUCAUGAUCAGUGGGGAGAAAACGAUAUGGAGCUGUUUAGCCUGAGACAGGAGAAUCCGAGCUAUCUCAACAAUUGGGACUCCUACACACUCUGGAAAAAUGAAUGUCGGGUCCCCGGUUCACCAUACUCGCCGCCAUGCGGCUACAAACGUGAGAACUACACAUGCCCGAAACACAGUGGCUGCAUGACCCACAACGUCACCCAGUGGUACAACGUCUCCAUCGUUUGCCGCGACGGCUACGGCGCCACAGACAACAGAAACUUCACGUUUGAGCCCACACCAAAUAUGAGGCCGCAUUAUAUAAAUCUCCCAAAUUACUGUGAGGAAGCGCAGCCCUGUUCCUCUGCAACUAACACCGUAAAUGAAAGUAUUGAAGUCGGUACCCCGAUAUUCGAUGUUUCUCAACUAUGGACAAAUAAUGGAGCUAUCGAUGUAACAUACACUAUGACGGCAAACAAACGAAACGUGUUUCAAAUAAACAGGCAAACUGGGGUUAUAACGACUACUGUCAAACUGCCAGCCUCAUAUCCCUCUACCACUUACACUCUGAACGCAUUCCUGGAUGUGACUGACGCCUCGCACUGCACCGCCUACACAGUCUGCCCGCUGAUACUGCACGUGACCUAUAUUAACACCCCUGUUGAAAUAAAGAAUAUGCCCGCCUCAGCUUCAAUUCACGAAGAUGAAACUAGGACGCUAACUCUUUGGACAAUAGAAACCACGGACGGCAAUGCUGAUGACGAAGUAACCUGUGUCAUAACAAAUCCGGCAGAAAACAAACCGUUCUAUAUCACGGAGACGUUUAAAGGAUCGAAUGUUUACGUUAUAAAAAAUUAUGUGGCUGGAACAUACAUCGAACGUCAGCUCUCCUCAGCAAAGACACUCUACAAUAUUGACAUAAAUUGCACCGAUCGGUUGGGUGAGGGAAACUCGAGCUUCUUGCAAAUCACUGUGAAUCUAAACCAACCACCACAAUUGACGACAUUAAAAGGAACUGUCCACAAAAAUGUGGAUCAGUCUACGAAGUUUAAGGGCUAUACCAUAAUAACAGAGAAAGCGAGCGACACAGAAAACGAUCAACUGAUUUACUCAUGUAGCAACGUCGCAAGCAAAAAUCCUCUUUCAUGUGACAUUGAGGACAACACACUGCAUGUCAAAUUACGCCGUAAUGUCAGUGUUGCGAGCGAGAAUGGAGCGGAGUUUUCGAUUGAGAUAUGCGUAACAGACGGGAAAAACUCAACCAAAGAUUGUGGGACACUAGAAGUUACAUUUACUACCACACACUCACACCCCAAAAUUAGCAACUUGCCAAAGGUCCUUGAGAUCAAUGAGAACGAGGGGCUGGGUGGCGUCAUUUUCACGGCAAUAGCAGAUGAUGACGAUUCAGGAGAAACUCACACGUUUUCAAUGAAAGUGAAUCCCAGUUUAGGGUCUAACUAUUUUAGUCUUGACCCAUACAGUGGAAACGUGAUUCUUACGAGAUAUUUAGACUACGAAGACACCAAUACUUUCUACCUAAUUUUCUCCGUCAAAGACGACUUUCUGUCCAGUCAAGAUUCGUAUACGCUUGUGAUUCAAGUCAGGAACGUAAAUGAGCAGAACAAAUUGACGUCCGAAGUCAAACAGAUCACUUUUAAACAGACAACGAAAAUCGGAAGAAGUUGGCGAACAGGACUAACCUGCACGGACAUAGACAAUAAUGACGAGCAAACCAUUGUCAUUGAUGGCGGAGAACAUGCCGACUUUUUUUGUUACAAUGCAAGCAACAACAAAUUAUAUUUAGCAAAGGUCUGGAAUCUCGACGACGCCUCGCUGAUGUUGCCAGAUAACACCCUGGUCACCAUGAAGUGCACCGACAGCGGGGGACUUGUCUCCCGGUACAAUUUCGUUGUGAAUGUUGUGGCUGUCAACACAAUUAGACCGGCAAUUGACAAGGAACGAUGUGUACAAGAGAUGACCGAAACUGGGAUGCCAGUUAUAAGGCUGAAUUCAAAAACCGACCUAAGUACGUCAUUUUGUUCCGUCCGUUGUCAAGAAAACGGCUCGAGUAGCGGAAACGUUUGCAAGUACAGUAUCCUUGGUAACGGGUUGGGUAGAAAAUACUUCGAGACCCGUAUGCAGAGAUUUAAUGGACGAAAAAGGCGCACCGACACAAAUUCGGCUGGAUUGUUUCUUCGUCAACCGAUUGAUCUUACAUACAACAAAGAUUUUGUAUUACAUUUAAAGUUGUGUCCUGAUAAUAAAAUGUCGGACUCAUAUUCAUAG